AGUGCCUCUGAGGGGGGCGAGGAGGCGACCUGACUCGGUGCCCGCAGGCUGCUGCUGGGCCUUUGGCGCCGCUCGGAGAGGCUCCUGUCCUGGCAGCCUCCUGGGAAGAAUCCUGGCCCCUUUGUUGGGGUCUAACGAGGCUUUCCAGGGGAUGAAUCGGGAGAUAUCUCGACAAAGCCGUUUCUCCCUUUUUCUCGGCUGGGGAUUUGGCGCAUUGUUUUGUGAUCCCUUUCCUUGUGGAAGUGGACGGAGCCCUCGGGAGUCUAAAUUUUGACUCGAUUUGUAGCCCUCCUGGCUGAUUUCAUGGGUGGUGCAGGAGCCUGGUGGUGCAGUGGACUAAACUACUGUUAAAAGUAGUAUUUAGUUGCCAGCUGCCUGCAAUUACUGCGAGUUCAAUUCUCACCAGGCUCAAGGUUGACUCAGCCUUCCAUCCUUCCCUGGUAGGUAAAAUGAGGACCCGGUUUGUGGGGGCAAUAAGCUGACUUUGUAUAAAAUAGAACACCGCUUUGGGUUGGGGGGCGAAAGCCCUACUAAGCAGGUAUAUACAAAGUUAUGAAGGCUAUUCCUUAAAAGCAUUGUAAGCCGCCCUGAGUCUCCAGAGAAGGGCAGCAUAUAAAUCAAACUAAUAAAUAAAUGGGGGAUGGGAUGGGUCUGGGCAGGGCAAAGCGUCCUCCCUCUCCCGUCUCUCCGUCCCUCCAUCUCUCAGGAAGGCAGAGAGGUUUCUUGUAACCUUGACCAAGAUGCUCCCAGCAAUGCAGGCUUUGAUUGCUCAUCGUCUGGUUGGAGUUUUGCGAUCCUGUCUCCGGGAGGACCUUUGGAGAGGACACAGAAAAGCCACGUCUGAGGCAAAAAAUGCAGCGGUCAGACACCCAUUGGGAUCACAGUACAGGUGGUCCUUGCUUAGUGACUGAUUGAUGUUACAAUGGACCUCAAAAGGUUCUUACAACCCAGUUCCGGAACUCAUACACAACACUUGUGAUGACAUGGCUGCAUUUCAGGUGCCUGCAUUUCAACCAACUUGCCUUUACAGCCAGUUGCAGCGUUCCAUCAGUCGCAGGAUAAGCAACUAAGCAAUCCAGUUGGUGCCCGUAGGAAUGCGUUGACUUGCUUAACGACCAAGGUGUUUGCUUAAUGAGCGCUGCAGCAAAGGUUGUAAAAUCAGGUUGAUUGUGUGAGUGCCUCAACGACCAUCAUGACCUACGAUGGGAAUUCAGUUGCUCAUCAGCAGAGCAGAAAAGCUGACCGUUUGCUGGCUGCGGGGAAGUACGAAGAAGCCGUGUCCUGUCACCGAAAGGCAGCAGCGUAUCUUCUGGAAGCUAUGAAGUUGACUCAAUCAGAUCAGGCCCAGUUAUCCCUGGAAUUGCAAAGGGAGUCUCACCUGAAACAGAUCCCCCUUAUCCAAGAGCGAUGGAAAAGAACCAAAAGGGACGAAAGGUUGAAAGCACGCCCUCUUGUGGACAAAGAGAGCGUGGCCCAUCUGCAGACCUCUUCUAAGCCCUCAGCUGAGGAACCUGAGGACCAACACGGAACGCCCGCCAGCCUCAAGUACAGGGCCCCCUUGGAGAAGGAGAUGAAGGGGUUCCACGGAGUCUUGGACAGGGAUCCGGACACACUGCUCUUUCUGCUUCAGAAGAGGAAGGAGCCUCCCCUGGACGCCUGCGUAAAGAGCAGACCUCCCAAGGACGACAAGAUGAAAAUGGAAGAGCAGGCCACCAAAAUUGCAGUCCUCGAACAGCACGUGGAGAUGCUGUUUGCCGAAAACGAGAGACUGAGAUGGGAGAACCGGCAGCUAAAAGCGGAGAGAGCCAGGCUGCUGAAGUCUCCCCUGGAAAAGGAGCUGGAUGCAGAUGCUGACUUUGUGGAGAAGUCGGAGUUGUGGGGCCUCCAGCAGCUUUCGGAACCUGCCGCCGCCGCUGCAGCCACCAUCCCCUGGCAGAAAUUGGGGGUCAGUGCUGGGAAGGGCAAGGACAUUCCCAUCCCCAGCCUUCCCCCCUUGGACAUUCCCUCCCCGGAGUUCCCACUGGUGGAGCUCUCCGAAGAUCUCCUGAAGGGGCUCAUGAACAACUAAGGGAGGAGGACCGCGGUGGGGCGGGGAGGUGUGGAUUCCCCCUGCGCUUUGGGAAGGGGACGCUGCUGGGACAUCCGUAACUGAAGGGAAAAAACCCUAGUGACUUGGUUGCUGAAAAAAAAAUGCUUGAUGUUAUGAAUUGGUGAAGCAAAGGCGGUUUCAUUUACCAUCGUUGGUAAAAGCUAAGCCCUCUUUGUUCUUGCUUCAAGCCAAAGGACUGAAGGAGGGAGUCUUGAGCCACAAAGUCGUGCAGGGCUCUCUCGAGUAUUCUUUGGGUGUAAACGGAUCUCUUAUGCCGUAAGAUAAAUCCUAUGUGGCACACGGUAACAAUUUUGGCAGUGCAAGAUACUUUCUAUCAUGCAUUGGAUUGCCGUUUCUUUUAAUCAUGCACAGACACUAGUAAACAAUUCUUGUUUCUCUCCUUUUGUAGGAUGGGAUCUGUGUGCCACACUUUUGCACCCCUAGCUUAAUGCGUAAUGCCAGCCAAUUGGGAGUAAAAAAAAAGCUAAAUUUCCAGAUAUUUUUUAAGGACCCAACUUUAGUUCUGCUGAAAUAUUUUGAUUUGUUUACAUAAUCAGGGUGCUUCAUAAUGUGUUUUAUGUACAUGAAACAAGAUAAGAAUAAUUGUUGGUGCAUGAUAGGAAGGCAUAGUUGACAAAGAAUAAAAUAUUCCAGGUCUAUCUCGAA